AUGAGUAAUAAAUUUACGAGACAAUCAACUUUCCAGGUUUUAUCAGGCCAACUGUUAACGACGUUAGGCUCUCCAAGAACAUCAACAUACGUUCAAGUGGAUUUUUAUGGACUUCCAUUGGAGCAACUCAAAGGACGAUUCAAAACAAAAAUUGUUCAGAAUAACGUAAUUAAUCCAGUUUACUCGACACUUAAAGAUGAGCCGUUCGUCAUUGAGAAGAUUCGAUUCCCGGAACGUUCAGUUGUUUAUAUACGUUUAAUGAGUGAUCGUGGUGAGCAGCUUGCACAUCGUGUUCUGCCCGUUCAUUUAAUCACAAACGGUUAUCGUCAUGUGAUUCUGCGCAAUGCAGCGAAUCGACCGGCUGGACCUGCGUCACUUUUUCUUCACAUUAAAGUGGAUUUUUACGUGCCUGCUGCUCAUAAGGCUUUACAAGAGGCAUUUGCUGAACCGUUGAAAGUGGCCAUUAAACAAGAAGGUUUAUCAAUUCAUUAA